AUGGAUAGUGCUUCCAUCUCCUCGCCUACACAUGGAGCCAUCGGUGCCUCAGCCCUUUUUCCGUUCGAUAUGGUUGAGUCAGCUGGAGAAGAACCAACUUGUCGGGCAAGCACAUCCUCAGGCAUGAGUAUAGAUCCAAAUGGUUCCUCCCAGAGCUGUUCCCACCCGCACAGGUCAUCCUCUCCAAGAACACCUGCUAAGUACACUCUAUUGACGCCUACAGUUACAGCGAUUCCAGCUAGGUCAUCUGCUGAUAGCGAACGACAUCGGAUCUCCGCGUCGGACAAGAUAGGCAUCAACAGCAACGGAGGUACUAGUGGUGCAAGCGGUGGAGGCACUGCGAAACGACUUCUCUACGCUUGCACCUAUUGUGGACGUGGAUUCACCAAGGCCUAUAACAGAACGAUCCAUGAACGAACACACACGGACGAAAGACCGUUUGCUUGUGAUAUAUGCGCCCGACGGUUUCGCAGAAAAGACCACCUUCGCGAUCACAGGUAG